GACGUUCCAGCUGGGGGUUGGAUUAUGUCAUAAGAGGAAGUUGCGAAGCAGACCCUAACCUGCAGCUAGCUACCGACUUGAGCCGCCCAAAAGCUUUGAAAAGAAGAAAAACAGGAACAAGCGCGUAGAGUAUAAUUUGUCGUUUUUACUAUAUAUUUUUUGUAAUUGUAACCAUGGCACUGUGUAUGUUUCCGCUUUUAACUUAUAAACGCUGAGGGCACAUUCUGAACAGCCACAGUCAUGCCUACGGUUGCCACCUAGCUAACGAAAUUCUGCGUUCAUCCUUCUAGAACAGCUAGCUUGUUAGCCAUCCGCUGCGGCGCUAGCAACUGGAUCAUUUAGCUUCGAAAUGGCUGACACUGAAAGCUGAAUAAUGAUGCACAGUUUACCCGAUGCAAGAUUCCAAUUUGGUUCGAAUUUUUCACAAAUGCACGUCCAUGUAGAUGACAAGGUAAUGGUUCAUGUGUUCGGCGAUAAAUGGCAACGUUGCUAACAUCAAAUUGAGAUCGACUCAAUGUUUAGCCGGUAACUGAAGACGCGUUGUAUUUUUUUUUUAAUACAGAGGAAGUUAGGAUUUUAAAUUGACAGCAAUACUCAUUUGUGGAGCUAAACAGUCGGGCGGACCAGUAUGAACCGUCUCUGCGGUUUCGUUAGCCAGGAACACAUGAGCUAACGUUAGCUGCAAAAUUGGCUUGCAGCGUAACUAAUGUUGGCUUAUUAAGGAAACUAAUCAGCGACUAAGUAACCGAAGAAAAGCGUCUGAGUCAACGGAUCAUGGCUUCGGAGGAAGCAUCACUGCGCGCGUUAGAGAACCUGAUGACUGAGUUCUUUCACAGCUGCACAACUAAUGAGCGGAAAAGAGAAAUUGAAGAGUUGCUGAAUAACUUUGCACAACAGGCGGGAGCAUGGCACCACUGCUUGUUCUUCCUCUCCAACACUCGAAAUGAGUAUGUGAUGAUGUACAGCCUCACAGUAUUUGAGAAUCUGGUGAACAAAAUGUGGAUUGGUUUAGCUUCUCAAGAUAAGAUGGAGAUCCGCAGCUGUCUGCCCAAACUUCUGCUUGCUCAACACAAAAAUGUGCCCUAUUUUAUCCGUAACAAACUGUGUAAAGUCAUCGUGGACAUUGGUCGUCAGGACUGGCCGAUGUUCUACCAUGAUUUCUUCUCGAACACGCUUCAGUUGAUCCAGACUCCAGCUUUGGCUCCAUUGGGGUUGGUGAUGUUAAAGACAACGUCAGAGGAGCUUGCAUGUCCUCGAGAAGACCUGUGUGUUGCCAGGAAAGAGGAGCUGCGGAAACUGUUGCUGGAGCAGGUGCCAACUGUGCUGGGGCUGCUAACAGGUAUCCUUGAGACCUACUGGGACAAACACAGUGUCAUCGCGUCAACACCGCCUCCUUCACCCACCUCUGGCGAGAGUGUGGAGUUGCUGGGCAGUUUGUUUCAGGGCAGCCAGUACUCGAAGUUGCUCUGUCAGCCAAUGGCGGCUUUGGACAACGACGGCCAUCAGCUCUGCUGUCUCGUUUUGGAGUGUCUGGCUCACCUGUUCAGCUGGAUCCCUCUUUCCACAAGUAUUACCCCGACGCUGCUGGCAUCCAUUUUCCAUUUCGCACGUUUUGGCUGUGACUUACGGACGAAAGCCAAGACGGGACCUUUUAUCUCCACCUCCUCCAACGGGCCGCUCAAUUCCGGGACGGUGCCCCCUACAUCAAACGGACAAGGGCUAAACGGACAACAGAGCGGGAGCACUAAAGUGGACCGCGCUCGGCUCGGCGUGCUCGCCAUGACUUGCAUCAACGAACUGGUGUCAAAGAACUGCGUGCCAAUGGAUUUUGAGGAGUAUCUGCUGCGAAUGUUCCAGCAGACAUUUUUUCUUCUGCAAAGGCUGACGCGGGAGAAUAACGCUCACUCGGUCAAGAGUCGACUGCAGGAACUGGAUGAGAGUUACUUGGAAAAGUUCACCGAUUUCCUGCGCCUGUUUGUUAGCGUUCACUUGAGGAGGAUCGAGUCAAGUCCUCAGUUUCCCGUUGUAGAGUUUCUUGCCCUGCUUUUUAAAUACACCUUCAACCAGCCAACACAUGAGGGAUACUUUGCCUGUUUGGACAUUUGGAGUGUGUUUUUGGACUUCUUAACAACUAAAAUCAAAAGCAGGCUUGCAGACAGAGAAAGUGUCCUUAACAGGUACAAAGAUGCCUUAGUUCUUUUGUUAAGAGAGGUCCUGAAUCGCAUUCAGUUCAGAUACAAUCAGGCUCAGCUGGAAGAGCUGGAUGAUGAAGUGCUGGACGAUGACCAACAGACUGAGUGGCAACGGUACCUACGUCAGAGUCUGGAAGUGGUUGCCAAGGUGAUGGAGCUGCUCCCAUCCCAUGCAUUUUCCACCCUGUUUCCAGUCCUUCAAGAGAAUUUGGACGUUUACAUGGGUUUGCAGCAGUUUAUUGUCAAUUCCAGUGGCUCAAGUCGGAGUCUGAAUAUCACAGCAGAGAACGACUGUCGUCGGCUCCACUGCUCUCUCAGGGAUCUCAGCUCGCUGCUUCAGGCUGUUGGCCGCUUGGCUGAGUAUUUCAUAGGGGAGGUCUUCGCUGCACGUUUCAACGACGCACUGGCCGUGGUCGAGAGAUUGGUGGAAGUGACCUGCUAUGGCUCUCGGACCACCCUGUAUGACCUUGAAACAGCUGUGCCUUCUGUGCUCAAACCGGACCUCACCGACGUACAUGCACAAGCCCUCGCUGCACUGCAGGCCUACUCUCACUGGCUUGCACAGUUCUACAGUGAAGUCCACAGUCAAAACCAAAGUCAGUUCAUCAACCUCGUCACUUCUGCUGUCGAUGCGAGCAGCCCGCUCAUCUCAGCUAAGGUACCUGAAAAGUUGCUGCUGUCAGCGUGCCAUCUGAUGGUUUCCAUAACCUCUACAGUGAGGCCCGUGUUCCUGGUCAACUUGCCAGCAGUCCAGAGCAUCUUCAACAUGAUCACAACGGAACAUCAGACCCACAGACUUCCACAAGAGGCUCACAUUCUGGUGUGCAGAUCAUUGUCCAACAUGCUGUUGCUUACGUGGCCGAAUCUGCCAGAAAGUGAGCAGCAGUGGCACACCCGCUCAAGCAGCCACGCCAGCCUCUUGGCAGCACUUACUCGAGAAUACCGGAUUUUAAGAGGAACAGUGAACGCCACACACAGACAACCCAAUCUGGAUAACAUGAAAGCGGUGAUCCAGCAAACACUGCCUGUGCUUAAAGACAUGGUGGACAGCAUCUCCAGUGAAUCGACAAAAUCCCGGCAGAUAUGCUAUCAGAGCCUUCAGGAGUCGGUCCAAGUGUCUCUGAACCUUUUCCCUGUGUUUAUUCAGCAGGCAGAUGUGACGGAUGAGAUGUUGGCUUUCUUCUUGAUACUGUUUCAAGCUUUGAGGGUACAAAUGGGAGUUGCUUUCACGGGCCAGAUCAUCCACACUUUCCUCAGCAUGUUUACCAGAGAACAACUUGCUGCCAGUAUUCUGCAUGAAGGCAGCGCCGGGUGCAGAGUUGUGCAGAAGUUCCUUAAAAUCCUGCAGGUGGUGGUGCAAGAGCCAGGCCAAGCAUUCAAGCCCUUCCUGCCCAGCAUCCUCUCUCUGUGUAUGGAGCAGGUUUACCCCGUUGUGGCAGAGCGGCCCUCUCCAGACGUCAAGGCAGAGAUGUUCGAGCUACUAUACCAAAUACUUCACCAAAACUGGAGGUACUUCUUCAAGACCUCAGUCUUAACCACUGUCCAAAAAGGAGCUGCUGAAGACACCAUGGAGAACGAGCCACAGUUCACCGCUGCAAUGCAGGCUUUUGGCCAGUCAUUCCUGCAGCCUGACAUCCACAUCUUCAAGCAGAAUCUUUCCUAUCUGGAGUCUCUCAACAGCAAGCACAAACUAUAUCACAGAAAACUCUUUCGGACCUCAAUGCUCUUCCAUUUCAUUAACGUGCUGCUGCAAGUUCUUCUACACAAAAGUCACGACCUUCUCCAGGAGGAAAUCAUUCUGGCCAUCUAUAACAUGGCCUCCGUCGACUUUGACGCCUUCUACUCCGUUUUCAUGCCACAGUUUCUCAACGGUUGUCACGGCGUGGACUCCAGUCAGCGAGGCGUUCUCGCACGCAAUUUCAAGCCCGAACAGGACUUGCCUUCAUUUACUCAAAGUGUGCACCGGCUGGUGAACGACCUUCGCUACUACAGGCUUUGUAACAGUAGCUUACCUACUGGUACCAUCAAGCUAUAGCACAUUGACUGAACCACUCCUCGUCAGUUCUGAUUUAGUUUUUUUUUCUUAAAGACUUCCCAUGCAAACCACUUAGCCCAACACUCCUCCAGAUCAGCUUCUCCACUCUGACUCAGCGUGACAAUAAAGGAGCAACACAUGA